AUGAAGCCGCCCUCCCCGCGGGUCCCGGAGGCGGGGGCAGACGCUGCUGGGACGCGCUGGGCUGGCCGAGCGGCCGCUGGGCUGGCUGUGGCAGCCGCCGGAGCCGAGGAGAUGGGAGGCAAGGAAGCCAGCGCAACUCCCCAGCCCAGCCCCGGAGCAAUGGGCGCCCCUUUGAGGGUCAGAUUCUCCCGGCAGCUCAAGAGACAUCCAGGACUCAUCCCCCUCAUUGGCUUCAUUGGACUCGGAUUGGGUAGUGCUGCCCUCUACCUUUUGAGGCUGGCCAUCUACAGUCCCGACGUGAGUUGGGAUAGGAAGAAUAAUCCAGAACCGUGGAAUAAACUGAGUCCUAAUGAACAGUACAAGUUCUUGGCUGUCUCCACGGACUACAAAACCCUGAAGAAAGACCGCCCAGACUUCUGAGGGUGCCAAGGCCAUCUUCCAGCUCCUGCCAUGUCCAGGGAAGAACCACUUGCUGCUCUGCACAGCCACAUCUUCUGCUCUCACAUUGAGUCUUUAAUCAUCUUUCACUUAAAUUGUGUACAGGCCUUACAAUUGCACACAUGCCUCUGCUUCCUGCCUCCCUAUGUAUUGAUUCGCUGGUGCCACACUACAAAUGACCAAUAAAAUAUCUACAGCCCAUUCAGCAGAAGCAAAGCAAAAUAUUAGCCCAUUCUUUCUCUAGGAAAUGCCUUGGAUAACAAACAGCUCUUUUAUUAAAAGAGGUGGAGGGAGAAAAUGAGAAGGAAUGGAACAAAGUGUGUUCCCUUUGGGUCCAAAGAGGCUUCUUGGUUCAGUGUUUUCCAGCCCCUUCCUGUGAAUAUCCCUGCUGAACCUAAUUUGCUGCAUUUCCUGUCUCCCACGCUCAACUGUAUUAUUCCCACAGAGAAAGGACAGCACCAAAUAAUAGACCCCAGAGUCGGUCAUGCUUACCGACGCCUUAGGGGAGGUGCCCUCUAUAAGACAGGCAACUCCUGGUUUGGAGGAACUGGCUUGGUGGGAGAAGGCUCAUUAGGAAUGCUUCAACACAAGUUGUAAAUGUUAUAGGACACUUUGAUGGGACCAAUAUGGGAUCCAUCAGCAGUUGGUGGAGUUAGGUACUGUGGUGUAAGUCUAGACAAUGGGCUGCUCUACCUAUGUAUCAAAGUAUAAUUAUAUAGGUAUUUGCAUGCAUAUAUAUAUAUAUGUUAAUUUAUUCUUUUUUUGUUUUUCACACAGUUAUUUGGGUAUACAACGUUAUAUAAAUAUAAGUAUACUAUGCAUGCAUCCAUGCAACUAGCCAUAUAUGGAAACUACUUAUCCUAUAUAAUAAAGUCCCUGUGUCUCUGCGUCCAGAUUCCCUGUGUCCCUUUGUCCGUGCUAAUGCGCAUGUGCCCCACGGACACAGGGACUGGACGAAGAGGCACAGACGUGCGCGCGUUCUCUCCCUCAACCC